AUGUUUCAUGAAGUUGAAGUUUUUGAAUAUCAUGAAACAUUUUCAAGCUCCAUUGACUCUUGUAUAAUAAAUAAAGAUGCUUCAUGGUGUAGAUCUCCACUGAAAAAAGCUAUGCAACAAAAUGGAUGGAUUAUUCUUGCUCUUUGCUUUGCUGCUGCAGCUGUUGUACUUAUGAUAUGCUUACCAUCAUACCAGCAAAUGAAAGGUAAAGAAGGUGAACCAACCAACCAUGUGCAUGUGUAUCCUGAAGACGUUAAACCUCCACAGGUUCCAUUGCCCACCACUACCAGUAAACCACUGGAUAUUUCAGAUUUAUCUUAUAUCAUUUCAAAAUUAAAGGAAUGCAAAUUUGAUCCCGGUCAAUGGGAAGAUCUUUGUCUGGAUAUUGGUCUUUAUGAAGUGACAAUAAGUACCAUACGGUCUGAUAGAAAUACAGCUAAUGACUGCCUCAGAUCUUGUUUGGUAAAAUGGCUGAACAGAGUUGAAGAUGUUGACAAGAAAGGAGGAGCAACCUGGGAGUCCUUGGAGAAUGGUCUCAUAAAUAUUGGACAAAAACCAGUUGCUGAAAAACUAAGAGAAAGAAGGAAGAACAGAAAUAAAUAAAGACUCAUACUGUAUAAAGAUGAUGUUAUUGAUUAUGAUAACAGUUUGUUGUUUUUUGGUAUUAAAAGGAAUUCUUAGUAAUGCAUUACUGUGUGUUUGUUGUGAUAAACUCAA